UCCUGGCAGCAUGGGUGACAACACCAGCCCCAUCAGCGUGAUUCUGGUGAGCUCCGGGAGCCGGGGCAAUAAGCUGCUGUUCAGAUAUCCCUUCCAGCGAAGCCAGGAGCACCCCGCGUCCCAGACAAGUAAGCCGCGCAGUAGAUAUGCUGUUAAUAGCGCUGGUGACCACUCUGAGGAUCAGGAUGGGGAUUCCAGAUUUUCAGAUGUUAUUCUAGCAACUAUUUUGGCAACCAAGUCUGAAAUGUGUGGCCAGAAGUUUGAACUGAAGAUUGACAACGUACGUUUUGUUGGGCAUCCGACACUUCUGCAGCACGCUCUGGGGCAGGUGUCCAAAACAGACCCAUCGCCAAAGAGAGAGACACCCACCAUGAUCCUUUUUAAUGUGGUGUUCGCACUGAGGGCCAACGCAGACCCAUCAGUCAUCAGCUGCCUGCACACUCUGUCCCGGCGGAUAGCUGUGGUGCUUCAGCACGAGGAGCGACGCUGCCAGUACCUGACCCGCGAGGCUAAGCUGAUCCUAGCGCUGCAGGACGAGGUGUCUGCCGUGGCCGACGCAAAUGAAGGUCCUCAUCAGUCCCCGUUCCAUCACAUCCUGCCCAAGUGCAAGCUGGCCAGGGACCUUAAGGAAGCAUACGACAGCCUCUGCUCCUCAGGUGUGGUGCAGCUGCACAUCAACAACUGGCUGGAGGUGAGUUUCUGCCUGCCCCACAAGAUCCACUAUGUGGCCACUACUCUCAUCCCACCUGAGGCUAUUGAGAAGAGUCUCAAGGCCAUCCGCCCCUACCACGCCCUGCUACUGCUCAGUGAUGAGAAGUCCCUGCUGGCUGAGCUGCCUGUCGACUGCUCCCCGGCUCUGGUGCGUGUGAUCAAGACCACCACGGCCGUGAAAAACCUGCAGCAGCUGGCUCAGGACGCCGACCUGGCAUUGCUGCAGGUGUUCCAGCUCGCAGCCCACCUGGUGUACUGGGGCAAGGCCAUCAUUGUCUACCCGCUGUGUGAGAAUAACAUCUACAUGCUGUCGCCCAGCGCCAGCGUGUGCUUGUACUCCCCACUGGCUGAGCAGUUCUCCAGACAGUUCCCGUCGCAUGACCUGCCGUCUGUUCUGGCCAAGUUCUCCUUGCCUGUCUCCUUAUCAGAAUUCAGGAGCCCCCUGGCUCCCCCUGUGCCAGAGACGCAGCUCAUCCAGAUGGUGGUGUGGAUGCUGCAGCGCCGCCUCCUUGUCCAGCUGCACACCUACGUCUGCCUGAUGGCCGCACCCCGAGAGGAGGAGGCUGGGCCCCGCGAGGACGACCCUCCGCUGCCUGCUCGCGUUGGGGGCCGCAGCCUCAGCACACCCAAUGCCCUCAGCUUUGGCUCCCCAACCAGCAGCGACGACAUGACCCUCACCAGCCCCAGUAUGGACAACUCGAGUGCAGAGCUGCUCCCUGGUGGGGACUCACCUCUCAACAGGAGGAUGACGGAGAACCUGCUGGCCAGCCUGUCUGAGCACGAGCGUGAGGCCAUCCUCAGCGUGCCCGCUGCCCAGAACCCUGAGGACCUGCGCAUGUUCGCCAGGCUCUUGCACUACUUCCGGGGCCGCCACCACCUGGAGGAGAUCAUGUACAAUGAGAACACACGGCGUUCCCAGCUGCUCAUGCUCUUCGACAAGUUCCGAAGUGUGCUGGUGGUGACCACCCACGAGGACCCUGUCAUUGCUGUCUUCCAGGCUUUGCUGCAGUGAGGCAGCACUCGGGUGGGGGA